UCAAAAGGAACUUGAUGUUGAUUCGUUGUUCGGUUUCUACGCUAGACGUUUUUCCGGCAGAAUGCAGUUGCACGUGUUCACUCACUUGCUGUACUCCCCACUGACGUGGUCGGUUAAGUCGAAACUGGCCGCAUGGAUAGAGGGAGGUGUGGAGCAUAACGUCACCAAAACAGUUGUUGCCAACUCCACUCUGUUUUCAAGCUACACACUUAAAAAGUUUUACCAAAAAUUAUGCUUCUAAGGACAUCACUGAUCAUUUUACUCAUUUCGUGGCUUGCAGAGAGUGCUUGUCCUGCCCCAGAAAAAAUUUAUCCUUUUUGCACAUGUCGCGAAGAAAACGAACAGAGUUCAAUGAUCUGCAGAAAUAUGCAGAGUUUUGAAGAUCUCCUCCUUCCAAUUCAAGCAACAGUAAGGACAGACAUGUUCUCUCUUCAUAUAAUCAAUUCCUCGCUUCUGUAUAUACCUAAUGGAAUUUUCCAGGAAACGAAUUUCAAAGAAAUUUAUUUCAAUGAAACGGAACUCACUUCUUUCUCCGAUACGGAUAUAGCUUUCGAUGGACUGGAAAAUACUUUGACUAAGAUCUCCAUUUCAGGUUCCAAGUAUGUAGCUCAAUGGGAAUGGUCCCAGCUACGCAAUUUGCAACGAAUCGAAUCCAUAGUGAUCAACGCUACUUCCAUGUAUUCCACUGACCGGACGAUUCUUGUGCCGAAUGUAAUUAAGCUAUUUGUUACUCAGUCAGAGGUCUCCUUCAUUUACGAUAAAGCAUUUCAGGCCCUGAAUAGAGCAUUAUAUAUAUCUCUAAGUGGAAACAACAUACACGAAUUAAAAAGAAGCAUGUUCCCCAAGCCCUGCAUACUUCAAGUAUUGGACUUAAGGUAAAAUCAGUCUCGUAUGUUAGAUUUUCCAUUGUUUUAUUCAGUAUCAAGAGGGAAAUUUUAUUUCUGUCAUAGUUGCAACUUGUAAUUCAGUCUAAAAAUAGUAUUUUUCCAGU